AUGCUGCGUCCAGCGUGCGCCUUCGCCCUCCUCGCCGGUUCCGUGGAGCCGCUUCAGCUGCUGCCGCCUCGGCAGCCACCGCGCACUUGCCGCGCUGCGGUAUCCUCCGUUGUCUGCACAGCGGCCGAGCGCAGCCUGGCUCGCGACCUGAGUGAGGAGCAAAGGGCGGCCGCCGGCGUGCCCAAGGUGGCGCCUUCUGCGGCCGAGCACGCCCAGGUGCUGUUGGCGGACCUCAUCGCCGUCGAGGAGCUGAGCGGUGCCGCGCCCGACACCGAGCUCUUUGAGCGCGCCAUCCGCGCGCACGCCGAGGCGGGCCUGGUGGAGGAGUGCCUCUCGCUGCUGCGGAGGAUGCGGCGCGCGCGCAAGACGCCGUCGCUCGAGAGCUACGCGCUGGUCGUCUCCGCCCUCUCCGCCGCCGGCCGGCCGCGCGAGGCCGCGCGCUGGCUCCGGCGCGUCGUCGAGCCGUCGGUGUCUCAGCUGCUGCUUCGGCGCUCAAAGGCGCCGCCUCGCCGCUCCGAGUACAACCGCGCGAUGGCGGCGUACGGCGCGGCGGGGCUGCCGCACGAGGUGAUGGAGACGCUGCGCACGAUGGUCGGCGAGGGCGAGCACCGCCCCGACCUCCGCUCCUUCAACGCCCUCAUCGCCGCGCACGCCAACGCCGGCGAGCUCGGGCCGCGGCGUCGUCUCCUCCAGGAUCAGACGUCUCGGAGCCUCCUCGGACGCUCCGUAGGCCAGCCGGACCGCGCCGCCGCGUGGAUCCAUCGCAUGCGCGGCUGGGGCAUCGAGCCAGACGCGUGCUCGUACACGAGCGCCAUCGCCGGCUUCGCGCGCGCGGGCGCGGCCGCGCAGCGCGUGAGAGGCGAGCCCGAGCGCGCCGCCGCGGUGAUGGCGGAGAUGCGCCUGGCGCCGAACAUCACCGCCGACAUCCGCGCCCACUCGGCUCUGGUUGAGGCGUUUGCGGUGGCGGGGCGGGUGGCGGAGGCGGCGGGGGCGCUGCAGGCGGCGCGCGACGCGGGCCUCGCGCCGACAGUGGUGACGUACGCGUCUGUGGCCAAGGGGCACGCGAUGCGCGGCGAGUACGAGGCGGCGAGCGGCGUGCUGGACCAGAUGGAGGCGGACGGGGUGGCGCCCAACGUGCCAACCUUCCACGCGCUGCUCUCGGUCUGCGCACGGGCCGGCGAGGCGGACGAGGCGCUCGCGCUGCUGCGCCGCAUGGAGGCGGCCGGCGGAGGCGGAGGCGGAGGCGGAGGAGGCGGCUCGACGCUGGCGUACAACCUCGUGAUUGGCUGCCUGCUGCGGCGCGACCGAGCGGCGGAGGCGGAGGCGCUGCUGCACUCGAUGCACGCGGCUGGGGUGGCGCCAGACACGGUCACUUUCUCUUCGAUGAUUUCGCUCUCGCCGGGCGCGUCGACGGCGCCCGCGCGCGCGGCGGAGUGGUUGGGCGCGAUGAAGCAGCUCGGGCUGCAGCCGGACGCGCAGUGCUUCAACAAGGUGCUGGCGUGUUGCGCGCGCGCGCGGCUGCCGGAGCUUGCAGAUGAGUGGCUCGACAAGAUGGAGGCGGCGGGCGUGCCGCCCAACUUGGUGUCGUACUCGACCACGAUCGCCGCGUACGCGAAGACGGCGCAGCCGGACGAGGCGGCGGCCGUGCUGCGCCGAAUGACCGCGCGCGGCAUCGCGCCCGACACGAUCCUGCUCAACCAGCUGCUCGAGUCGCUCGUUCGCGCCAGCCGGCCGGCGCAGGCGGCGGCGCUCCUCUCCCGCUUCCGGCGAGGCGAGCUCGGCCCGCCGCCCGACUGCUGCUCGUACACGAUCGUGCUGUCGGCGCUCGCACGCGAGGGAGACGUCGCCCGCGCCGCGAGCUGGUUCCGCACCAUGACGGCGGAGGACGGCAUCGCGCCGGACCUGAUGUGCUACAACGGCCUCAUCCGCGGCUUCGCGGGCCAGGGCGAGCUCGACGAGGCGAUGCGGCUAUACGACCGGCUGCGGCGCGAAGGGCUCUCACCGGACGAGUGGACGUACGGGCCGCUCCUCGACGGUGCGCGCGCCGCCCGCGCCUCGCGGCUCGCGCGCUCGCUCGGCGCGCAGAUGCUCGGCCGCUCGCCGCCGGUGCUCUCCUCCUUCUGCUUGGUCGCGCUGCGCCGCUCGAUCGGCGCCUCGGGCCUGCGGGCCGUCUGCCGCGAGUGCGGCGUGCUCGACCAGCCCGCCGUGAGGCAGGCGCUGGGGAAGGCGCCCCUCCAGGGAGCCCGCCGCGGGUGAGGACUCUCAGGUCGUGUGACGUGCGUCGUGCCACGGAGGGAAAUUAGGACCGAUGUCUUGAGAGAGCAUCAGCGUAGCUAGGAGAAAAAACAUGUGAGACGGCUGCCGAUCCGUC